ACGCUAUGACAUGCUUCUUCUCUCUUCUUCUUCUUCUUCUUCUUCUUCUUCUUCUUUUCAUUCAUUCAAUUUUCAAGGGAACAACACAAACAGUGCACCCACUGUGAAUCUAUGGCUUCUCCUACUCUUCCUCUUCCUGUGGAUCCCAAUAACCCUCUUAUUACUCCCUACAAGAUGGGUAACUUCAAUCUCUCCCACAGAAUUGUUUUGGCUCCACUCACCAGACAGAGAUCCUACAACAACGUUCCUCAACCCCAUGCUAUUCUCUAUUACUCUCAGAGAGCUUCCAAUGGAGGUCUUCUCAUCGCCGAAGCCACCGGUGUCUCCGACACUGCUCAAGGCUAUCCAGACACCCCCGGCAUUUGGACAAACGAGCAAGUCCAAGCCUGGAAACCUAUUGUCGAUGCUGUUCAUGCCAAAGGCGCUCUCUUCUUUUGUCAGAUUUGGCAUGUUGGAAGGGUUUCAAAUUCAGCUUAUCAGCCAAACGGGCAAGCACCCAUAUCUUCCACGGACAAGCCACUCAAACCGCAAGUACGGGCUAAUGGGGUUGAUGUAGUGCAAUUCACAACACCGAGGCGGCUGAGGACGGAUGAAAUUCCUCAUGUUGUUAAUGACUUCAGACUCGCUGCAAGGAAUGCUAUUGAGGCUGGUUUUGAUGGGGUUGAGAUCCAUGGGGCUCAUGGCUACUUGCUUGAGCAAUUUAUGAAAGAUAAAGUCAAUGACAGAACAGAUCAAUAUGGUGGAUCCCUUGAGAACCGUUGUCGAUUUCCUUUGGAAAUUGUUGAAGCUAUUACGAAUGAGAUUGGGGCAGAAAGAGUUGGAAUUAGAUUGUCACCUUAUGCAGAAUAUGCAGAAUGUGGUGAUUCAAAUCCUAAAGAAUUGGGGCUUUAUAUGGUUGAUGCUCUUAAUAAAUAUGGUAUUCUGUAUUGUCAUAUGGUAGAACCAAGAAUGAAAACUGUUGCAGAAAAGGUUGAAUGUCCUCACAGCCUGGUGCCAAUGAGAAAAGCCUUCAAUGGCACUUUUAUAGUUGCUGGAGGUUAUGACCGGCAAGAUGGGAUCAAUGCCGUAGCUGAAAACAGGGCAGAUCUCGUUGCUUAUGGUCGUUGGUUCUUAGCUAAUCCAGAUCUGCCAAAGAGAUUUGCACUUGAUGCUCCCCUCAACAAGUAUAACCGGGAGACUUUCUACCUCUCUGAUCCAGUUGUUGGUUACACUGAUUACCCAUUUCUGGAAUGAAGAAACCAAAGCUGCAGCCUACAAGGGUGGAACCUCCUGAUUUAAUAAGUUUUUCUUCCCUUGCACAUUCCUUAAUUGCAAUUUGGUUAGUCAUUGCAAUAGAAAUUAUGAUGCCUGAAAUUUUAUUAAUAUAUUCUUCAAACCCAGUUGGCAGAUCUUUUUUCAAAUGACGGAGGGCAUAUACAUAGCAUGUAAAACUUCUAUUGUGUGUGAUUAUGAGUUAUGCCACUGAAUACCAAUUAGUGCUGGGUCAAAGUUACUCAACUGAUUGUGCAAACACCAUAGACGCUUUGUGCUAAUAAGAGGACUGUUUCGUUA